CUGAUACGAGUUGUCCGUAAAUGGGCUUCGCCAUGGGCUUCGAGUGCUCCAAACUGCAAGGUCUGGUCUGCAGCGCGGCGCUGCUGCUGCUGCUGGUGCUGCACGUGCAGUCGAUGCGGCUGUGCGGCACCGAGCUGCCUGAAAUGCUGGAACAGAUGUGUACCUAUGGCUACAACACCAAGCUGAAGCGCUCCUAUGUGGGGCCGGUUUUCAAUGCCAUCGAUAAUACGAAUUCAGAUGCGGACGCGGACUUGGAUCUAGGCUCCUACGCGGAGCUGGAUCUGCAGUCGCAGCCGCUGCUGCGCGCACUGCUGGGCGAGAGCGGCCAUCACCUGGUGAAAACCCGACGCCGGCGCUACGGCGUGCACGACGAAUGCUGCCGCAAAUCGUGCAGCCUUGAGGAGCUCAACUACUACUGCAAGAAACCCGAAAAUUCCUAAAUGACAUGGACAUGGCACUGCAUUCCGUUAAGGAUUAGACUAAGACCAGCUCAUGAUUGCUAGCUCCUAAGUGUAUCAAUACUUAUAUAUAUAUAUAUGUGUAUGGAUGUUAAUAUAUUAACUAUGACGAGACCCGUUAAUUGAGGUAAAAUAAAAUAAC